AAGCUAUCAACUGUAAGAUAUUUCUCUCAACGUUCUUCUAAAAUAUCAGUUCUUUCAUUGGGUUAUCAUCUUGAAACGAGAUUUUUCCAGGAAAUAAUUUUUCAUUCGUCCAAGAUGGGUGAUUGGGAGAUUCUGUACUACAAUGUCCCGUUUGCCGGGAGGGCAGAAUUUAUUCGUCUGGUUUUUGAGGAAGCAGGUGUGUCAUACACAGAGCCGAUGAAAACACACGAGGAGGUCCGAGAAACCAUCAUGCAGAAUGGUAUUGGGGGUUUUCCUGUGCUGCACCCGCCUGUUCUUAGAAGAGGUAAUUUCCACCUGGGACAGACGCCAGUAAUUUGUAAAUACCUCGGAGAACAAUUUGGACUUGUUCCUAAAUUGGAAGAGGAAAAGUUGCAAGCGGAACAAGUGAACAUCACCAUACAUGACUUUGUGGCAGAAGGGCGUCUGGCUUUUCACGGCAAACACUGGGUUGGUUCUUAUCACGACCAGAAGGAAGAAACACAGCCUUACAUUGAUUGGUUUGUCAAAGAGAGGCUGCCAAAAUGGCUGAAACAUUUUGAAGCUGUUCUGAAGUUUAAUAAGGGUGGUCAAGGUUUCUGUUUUGGAGCGGAAGUGACGUAUGUAGACCUGGCACUACUUCAGUGCCUCCGCGGAUGUGAAUCGUCCUAUUCUAAGGCGUAUGAAUCUGCUGAUUAUUGUCCCCUCUUAAAGGCAUUUAAGGCGCGGAUGGAAGCUCGACCAAAGCUAGCGGCGUACUAUAAAUCAGAAAGAUAUGCAAAGCACCCUCAGGAUACCAACAGUAUGAUGUAGGACGUCGGACAUUUUCAAUCAUAUAUCCUCGAUUCAUUUUGUGUUGUUUCCUUUCAUCUGUCUUGUUUACAAACAAAUUCGUCUUCUUAUGUUUGGUGGUAUUUUAUUAAGUUACAUAGAAAUAAACAGUUAAAAUUGCUA